UUAGGGUUUUAGGGGUUAAGAAAAAAGUUACAUCUCACUCGACCCAAUUGCUGAGGUUAAGUUAAUCGAUCACAAGAAGGAUUCUUGAACAAUCGUUCCCCUCCGUCUGCGUGAUUGUGAAAACAUGGGUUACACCAAGUCAAAGAAAUUCAAUGACAAUCGGUCCAAUCGGGGACAAUCCAGUCGAGGAGACAGAUCGGCAAGAAUAGAGGAUGGAGAGACUUUACCAGCUGAACCAGCCACUGAAGAUGAUCGACUGAUUCCAAAAGUUCAAUUAGCUAUGUGGGAUUUUGGUCAGUGUGAUUCAAAGAAGUGCACAGGACGCAAGCUUGCAAGAUUUCGUUUGUUGAAAGAAUUGAGAGUCACCCAUGGUUUUGGGGGAAUUGUUUUGAGUCCUACUGGAACUCAAUGUGUCUCUAGAGAAGAUUAUCCGUUGAUUCAGAGGAAAGGAUUAGCUGUCGUGGAUUGCUCUUGGGCACGUCUAGAUGAUGUCCCCUUCGCUAAGCUGCGUUGCGUUGCACCUCGUCUUUUACCAUGGUUAGUAGCAGCAAAUCCUAUAAAUUAUGGCAGACCGUGUCAGCUGUCCUGUGUUGAGGCCUUGUCUGCUGCUCUAAUAAUCUGCGGAGAUAAGGAAACAGCUGAAAUACUUCUUGGCAAAUUUAAGUGGGGUCAUGCAUUUUUGUCUCUCAACAGGGAGUUGCUGAAGGAAUAUUCGAAAUGUGAAAACAGUUCUGAAAUAAUAGCAGUUCAGAAUUCUUGGCUAUCUCAACAAACCAAGCCCAAGGACACUGUUUCAGAUCUACAAGAAGGAGAAGGAGGUUCACUGCGAAGUGAAGACGAUGAUGAAGGCGGAUCUGAUUCUGAUGAAUCAGAUGAUGGGCUUCCACCUCUUGAAAAGAACUUUAACCAUUUGAACAUGGAAGAUGAAAGUGAAGAAGAAGAAGAUGAAGAAGAGAUUGACAAAGACUAAAUGAGAUUUUUGUUUGUGACUUGGGUUCAUGACCUCCUUUAAAUCAGAAAAUAAUUUAAUAUAUUUACAGACAUAUAUCAGAGUCUCUUUAUAUGUGUUUGUUAAUCAUCUAAUCAUGUGUUCAACUGUGUUUUCUUUUGAAUUAGUUCUUUGUCAUUGUUAUUAUUAUUAUUAUUAUACCAUAUUUAGCAUUUUCAUUAAUACAUUGAUUGGUUUUACUUUUUUUU